CCUGAUUCAUGAAUUGCCUCCCGCUUCUCCGACGUUGGUUCUCAGCCAAAGCGCACUUAACACUCCGACCUUACCAGGAGGAGUGCAUCGAAUCAUGUCUAGAUGCUCUGAGAGCUGGAUACUCACGGAUUGGUGUGUCUUCACCGACAGGUUCCGGGAAGACGACCAUGUUUGUCUCUUUGAUAUCUCGCCUCACGCCUUCUCCUGAGCGUCCGAACGCAAGUCGCUCCCUGAUUAUUGUCAAUUCAAUUGAGCUUGCGCGACAGGCUGCAGACACUGUCCACAGGAUACUUCCAGACGUGUCUGUAGAUAUAGAGCAAGGCCAGCACCAUCGAGCAUCGGGGUCCGCAGACGUCACCGUUGCUACUUACCAGAGCCUUCUGAGAGACGAAAGAAUACGUAAAUUUGAUCCCGUGAGACUGAAGGCCGUGAUCAUUGACGAGGCUCAUCAUGCCGCGGCACCAUCUUACCGAAGGCUUCUGUCACAUUUCCACCACGGAAUCGUAGAAGAUGGUUCGGAAACGGAGUCGAAGGCCUCAUCAGGCUUGAAGGUUCCCAUAGUAGGCUUCUCUGCUACGUUCAGUCGCCAUGACGGUGUAGCACUUGGCUCUAUCUUUGAGCGUAUCGUAUAUCAUAGGGACUUCCUUGAGAUGAUCCGGGACAACUGGUUAUGCCCGGUACGAUUCACAUCUGUCAAAGCGCAGGUUGAUUUGUCUAGGGUCAGCAUAAAUUCGGGAACGGGAGACUUCAACGCUCGGUCACUAGCUCAUGUCAUUAAUACCUCAUCAAUUAAUAAACUCGUGGUUCAAAGUUGGCUUGAUAGAGCAGCAAACCGUCGUUCAUCGCUUGUUUUCUGUGUCAAUAUUGCACAUGUUCACGGCCUGACAAAUGCCUUUCGCCAAGCCGGAGUAGACGCACGAUAUCUGUACUCGAAGACACCUCAGUUCGAGCGCAAAGCGCUUUUAGACAGCUUUAGGAGGGGUGAAUUCCCAGUUCUUGUGAAUUGCGCGAUUUUGACGGAAGGAGCCGAUAUUCCCAAUAUUGAUUGUGUUGUUGUCGCUCGUCCCACACGAUCCAAAAAUGUUUUUGCCCAGAUGAUUGGAAGAGGAAUGAGAUUAUCUCCGGAAACGCUCAAAAAAGACUGUCACAUUAUCGAUUUCGUCGACACCAUGUGUCACGUCAGUGGCGUAGUCUCUGCUCCUACACUGUUCGGGCUCAGCCCCGAUACUGAGGUGACAGACAACUCCACCGAAGAUCUGGAGAGCCUGGCACAGCAGACAAAGGAGGUCCAACUAUCUCCCCCGAACGACGUCCCUGAACCCAAAUCCGUCACAUACAUUGACUACGAUAACCCUUGGUCACUCGUUGACGAUGCCUCAGGAGACCCACACAUUUCGAAAAUGAGUAAGAAUGUUUGGGUAGCCUGCGGAGGGGGCCACUACGUCCUUGAGUGUAUGGGUCGGGGUUACAUUAAGAUAUCUCCUUCUGCGCGAACCAACGGAGAUUCCCAUUAUGUUGCGCACUACACUGCUGCAUCGAUGAAGUGGUCGGAAGCCAAAGCCAUCGGGCUGGCGACACGCUUUCGCAGCAGACGGAAUGUUCUCACCGCGGAUACUUUGGAACGAGCCAUCCAGGGCUGUGACACUUAUGCUAGAACCAGGGUUGUAUAUGGACCAAUGCAGCUUGGUCUGUUACAUUCUGCUAAGUGGAGAAGGGACCCUGCCACGGAAGGCCAGCUUGCAUAUCUCAAAAAAAGGUUCAAAAUGGACAAUGCAGCUGCCUCCCAGUCCAUCGAACUCCCAACUCAUCCUGGUGCUUGGACAGGCGGCUUGAGGAACCUGACCAAAGGGCAGGCUGCAAACAUUAUAACCCGUUUGCAGCACGGGGCCAAGGCUCAUUACGAUCGUAAGCAGAAAAUGGUGAAAAAGGCCCACGAAGCAGCCGCCAGAAUGGCAGAACGUGUAGAGCGUGAAACUGUUAGGGUAGGGCCGCUGAGGCGGUAGGAUGUGCAAUGUGCAUAUCCAACUGUGUCCGUUGGGGUCCUUUUAUGCAUCGCCUAGUUGGUGCCCAGGCAUCGCUGGUGCAAACGCGAACGGUCCCGAGGCUUUUGUCUUGACAUCAUUUCCUCGCAUAUAUAGGGUGUAGUUCGUUAAUUAAGCUUGUUGAAUGCCUCCAAGGCAUCACCAUCCUGAGAAGUCGUUUAGGAAUGUCAACAGCAGCGAUCCAAAAAUAGCGCGAUCGACGAUGAAAGUUGCAAAAUUCAACAAAUGAUUGAACUUCUGCACGAGCUUCUUGGGCUGCGUGGAAACCCCCAGAUAUUUCCCAACAAUUCAUGAUCGGAAUAUAAAAGGCCCGGUAAACAUACUGGGUGGCUUACAGCUUAUAGAAUUAGCUACUAUCAAAU